CAGGUUUAAACACAGGGAUCCGUGGCCGCGGCUGGGGGGCGAGACGCGACGGCGUGUGGGACGCGGACAGGGUGCCCUUGACUUGUUUAUUGCACAGGUGUCGACGCGGUUGUGGGGGUAUAUAACGCUUCGCCGGCUCAUGCUGGGGAACCUACUACCGGAUCGCAACAUGUCUAUGUACUGGUUUGCUCUCCUGUGUGCCUCGGCCCUCUGUGCCCUGCAGCUGCCUGCGACCGCGGCAGAGGAUGCUGAGAAAAUCUUCGCCGUGUCGUCGUAACCUCUUCCAACGAGCAGCAAGUGAUUGUGGAUAAGCACAAUGCCCUGAGAAGAGGUGUCCAACCUACAGCUAGCAACAUGCUAAAAAUGAGCUGGAACAAUGAGGCUGCCGCCAAUGCUCAGAGAUGGGCCAACACCUGCUCCAUGAAGCACAGCCCUGAAAGCGCCAGACAGAUCAGCACUAGUGGAUGUGGCGAGAACCUGUACAUGGCCAGCUACCAGAACACCUGGAGCAAUGCCGUCCAGGCCUGGUACGACGAGGUGAAGGACUGGCGCUAUGGAGUCGGGUCCAUUAACGGAGGAGUGGUCGGACACUUUACACAGGUUGUGUGGUACAGGUCCAACCAGAUCGGCUGUGCUUUGGCCUACUGUCCCAACUCCAUGUACAAGUACUUCUACGUCUGCCACUACUGUCCACCUGGAAACUACCAGUACACCCAUCCCUACAAGGCGGGCCCCUCUUGUGGAGAUUGCCCCAACGCUUGUGACAACAAACUGUGCACCAACCCCUGUCCCUAUUUUGACCAGUACAGCAACUGUCCUGAGCUGAAGGAACAGUGGGGUUGCAACAACAGCGACGUGGCCUCCUGGUGUCCCGCCUCCUGCAGAUGUACCAAUCAGAUCGUUUAAUUGCCCUUACAGAGGAACUACGGCUCCUUCUUGAUUUCUGCAGGGACUGUAGCAUCCUAUCCCAUGUAUUGGCAAGCGUAACCAUACUGGAAUAAAAA